AUGCAGACGGCAGACGUCCCAGUCCCCAGAUCCCGGCGCCGAUGUGCCCUGACAGCCGCUUGGUUUCGCCGUCCCGCCGCCGGCACCUGCUGCCGCGCCGCCGCCCUCAACCUCACCGCGGCGGGGUCGCGGCGGGCCGGGCCCAGCGCGGCGGUCCGCGGCUCUGCCCCCGCGACGCAGCGGCGCAGCUGCUAUGGGGGAGCGGCGGCAGCGAGGCGGGACGGCUCCCGGGGCCUGUCGCUGCCGCUGGUGCUGGCCGCGGCGUACGCUGCGCGCAGCGCCGACGGGCCCAGCAACAUGUCAUACGUGAAGGAGACGGUAAACCGGCUGCGCCAGGGCUACGACAUCCGCCUGCGGCCCCACUUCGGAGGGGAGGCGUCUGCGCUCCGCCGACGCGAGCCCCGUUCCCCGGACGCCCCCAGUCCCGUUAACGCCGCUUCCCCCACAGGGCCGCCCGUGGAUGUAGGCAUGCGGAUAGCGAUCGCCAGCGUCGAUGCGGUCUCGGAAGUCAACGUGAGUUUUCCUCUGGAGAGAGAAGAGACUACAUGGCUUCUGUGUAACAGAAAUGUCACAGGACAUGAGGGGUUGGAAAGGACCUAAGGAGAUUGAGUCCACCCCCCCUGCCCGAGCAGGACAAUGCUAUCUAACACAGAUCAUACAGCAGAAGGUUGAAUUCCUGAUUAACUGCAGCUCCUUCCGCUUUAACCACAGCCAUCUAAGCCAAGCAAUAAACCAAAAAGGCAAAACAAAAAAAAAAAUCAAUGCUCCAAUUGUGCCUCUGUUUCAGAUGGAUACAGAACU